CAUCUAUUUUUAUUCAACUCUGGGGAGUAACGAGGGAGUUUUUGUACAGCAGUAUAACUAAAUUAUAAGUAUAAAUAGUCGAUAGCGGCAAACUGUUUCGGCCUAAAUUUAAUUGCGAGUCUAAAUUAAGAGUUCAAUUCCCAAUAACCGCCAAACGAAGCGGCGAUAAACAGGCGCUGCGAGCUGUGAUUUCAAACCGAAUCACAACCAACACCCAAAAAGGCAACCUGGUCGCGUCAUCAGUGGAAGUGGAAAGGCAGUUGCCACAGCAGAGGCAGAAGCAACGGGAGUAGCAGAAGCAGUGGUUUUCCAGAGAUCCGGUUUUGAGUCCUUCAAGCAUGGACAGCAAGGGUCGAAAUGUUAUCGUCUGUGAUAACGGCACUGGGUUCGUUAAGUGCGGAUAUGCCGGCAGCAAUUUCCCCACCCACAUUUUUCCCUCGAUGGUGGGACGACCCAUGAUUCGGGCGGUCAACAAAAUCGGCGAUAUCGAAGUCAAGGAUCUGAUGGUCGGCGAUGAGGCCUCACAGCUGCGAUCCCUGCUGGAGGUCUCCUAUCCGAUGGAGAACGGUGUGGUGCGCAACUGGGACGACAUGUGCCACGUGUGGGACUACACGUUCGGUCCCAAAAAGAUGGACAUCGAUCCGACGAACACAAAAAUCCUGCUAACCGAGCCGCCCAUGAAUCCCACAAAGAAUCGCGAGAAGAUGAUUGAGGUGAUGUUCGAGAAAUAUGGCUUCGAUUCGGCGUACAUUGCCAUCCAGGCCGUGCUGACGCUAUAUGCCCAGGGUCUGAUCUCUGGCGUGGUGAUCGAUUCGGGCGAUGGUGUAACGCAUAUAUGUCCCGUCUACGAGGAGUUUGCCCUGCCCCAUCUGACGCGACGAUUGGACAUUGCCGGUCGGGAUAUCACUCGCUAUUUGAUUAAGUUACUGUUACUACGUGGCUACGCUUUCAAUCAUUCCGCCGACUUCGAAACGGUUCGCAUAAUGAAGGAGAAGCUCUGCUACAUUGGCUACGACAUCGAGAUGGAGCAGCGUUUGGCCCUGGAGACGACGGUGCUGGUGGAAUCGUACACGCUACCCGACGGUCGUGUUAUCAAGGUCGGUGGCGAGAGAUUUGAGGCGCCAGAGGCUCUGUUCCAGCCGCAUUUGAUCAACGUCGAGGGACCGGGCAUUGCGGAACUGGCCUUCAACACCAUCCAGGCGGCAGACAUCGACAUACGGCCCGAACUCUACAAGCACAUAGUUCUGUCCGGCGGCUCCACCAUGUAUCCGGGUCUUCCCAGUCGGCUGGAGCGUGAGAUCAAACAGCUGUACCUGGAGCGGGUACUCAAGAACGAUACGGAAAAGCUGGCGAAAUUCAAAAUACGCAUUGAGGAUCCACCGCGACGCAAGGAUAUGGUCUUUAUCGGCGGAGCUGUUCUGGCGGAGGUGACAAAGGAUCGCGACGGCUUCUGGAUGUCCAAGCAGGAGUAUCAGGAACAGGGUCUCAAAGUAUUGCAAAAGCUGCAAAAGAUCAGUCACUAGAGGCGGAUGGAUGCGAAAUCAGUGUGUGUGUGUGUGCGGACCGCAAGAAAUAGGAUAAAAAAGUGAUAGAUUUCUUUUCUCUAUUUUCUAUAGGUUUAAACCUUUCAGAUUUACGUGAUAUAUCCGUCUAUAUAUGUUUUUUUUUUUGUGUGUGCCUGUGCGAGUGGGCGUGUCUGUUGAGCAGGAUUGGUCCACUUGCCCUUAGAUUAUCUAUAAUCGCAGACAUGUCGUCACUGGUCGUUAUCCCCGUACAAUAUAAUGUAAUAUUUCUUUGAGCGCGAAAACUUUAAUUCGAUAGUCGCCUAAAUUGUGUAACCCUGCAUUAGUGUGUUUAAUUGUUUAUAAUUACGUCUAAAAUUCAAACCCAAAAGCCCUUUUCUUUAAUGAAUACGCAUAUAUAACUAUAUAUAUAUACAUAUAUAAAUUCAAAGCACCUCGAGUGCGGCGAUAUUUUUGUAAACGCAAAAUGUUUCAUUUCCAGCGAGUAUUUCACAUUAAGUAUUAACUAGGCCAAGUCUGCUAGUAGCAGCUACUAAAAUCGUGUGUGUGUUAAGACAGAGACAGAGACAGAGGAAAUAUAACGAGGAAGUUGCAUAGCACAGAAGGAGAAAGCGCGAGUUCGGUCGUUAACUAAAUACACUGAUUGAUUCGAUCCCGUCUCGCCUCCCGACACUCGACCUUAAAGUAAGCAUUUCUGGAUUGUCUCCAACUAGAUAAAGAUGAAGUUACCUACCCAUAAAGAUACAGAUAAUCGAAGUCACAAGAUUACGCAUUUACGUUGCCCCAUAAUCGAAAGUACCAUCAGUCGAAGUGUUAAAUUUGAUUUAAUUUCCUUACCUGCCUUUUCUAGUUAGUUGCAAUUUGAUGAUUGUUGGGGUCGCAACUAUCGGCAUAUGAUGAAUAGUAUAUACAUAUACAUAUGUGUGAUCCAUAUACAUAUAUCCGUAUAUGU